AUCUAUCUAUCUAUCUAUCUAUCUAUCUAUCUAUCAUUUUACAGCAAACUCGUGUUAUUUCGCUGCACAAUACGCACCUACAUUUAUUCAGUUGCCUUUAACAGCCUGAAAGUUUUAUUUGCAACAGACUGUACACAGUUUCUGAAAGGCAGCCCCUGAUAGGAAAUGAACGUUUGCAGCAUUUACUUCCUGUACGUGAGCAAACCUCUACUCUGGUCACGACAGAGCAGAACCGAGAGUGAGGUCGAAACCGUAAACAACCUGACGCUAACUCGAUAACGAUAAACGCAGGGACUCAGGUGAUCUUUUUUUUCUUCUUCCCGUCAUACGCCCACUCUAACACUGAACUAUGGCUGUAAAUUGCUGCAGGUGAGGAGGGAGGGCAGAGACAUGUCAAAACAUGGGUGGAGUAUGCGAGCAGGUAUAGACGCACCUUGGAGUUAAAGAUAACUUUCCUACAGAUCCGUAGAGAGAGUUAAACGAGUCUGAUGCAGGUCAUGGAGACGAGUUGUUCCACCAUGGAAACACAGACAGAAAAGCAAAGGCCCAAUUAUGGCCAGUUGAUCUCUGUUACUCGCAAGGAUACAAUCCGUCUGCUGGAGGUGUACGUAAAGCGGAGCCUCAGCCUAAAUGACGGAGCUCUGGGGGAAAGGAGGGCUAAGAGGAAAGAAAAAUGGGUGACAAUGCCAAGAAAGCAAAGACGACAUUCCAGCGACCCUUCUCUUCACUGGGGUGACGAAUUAACUGACGGGGAAAUUAGUACAUUCGCCUCACCCGAACCUCCCAAAACCCAGCCUGAGAUACGUCCCGAGGAACCGAAGAAGCCGACCAAAAAAUCUAAAAAGAACAAGAAGCCCUCAUUGUGGAAAAGCUUUAUGGGUUUGUUCUCUCGGAAGAGUGAUGAUGAUCAGGAGGGUUCAUCAGAGAUGCCCGAGGCCACCCCAGCAGAGCAGGACUCUGAUACUGGAACCACCUGCCUUCCCACAACUCCAGUCACUGUUCAAAAGAAGAAGUCCAUGAGAAAAAAAUCCUUAAAAAGAAGGUUCAGCAAAAAGCGUCUGUCUAUGAUUAAACCAAACAAACCUAGUAAAGAUCUCAACCCAGCUGACAUCACCGGGGUUGAAGCUGUUGUAAGUGUGGAAGCAACAUAUUCCUACUAUGAGAAGGUAUCAGAGGAACUGGAAAAAAUUCUUCACGAGGUCAAAGAAAAAGAGGAAGUUGAAUCGCUCACAGAUGAGGAAGUAAUUAACCGGAUUAUUGCUUUGACAAAGGAGGAGGGAGACGCCAUAGAUUACAAGCUGAAAGACAAUCCUACACUGAGCAACUUUUUCCAGGGGAUGUCGUACUCUUCCUUCCAGAAGUUGGCUGAUGCCUAUUUAGCGAAAGAGACAACGCCGACCCACAACCCACUCACUGUCCCCCCAACAGCGCCUGAGCUGGUCAAACUGGCCUUUACACUGGAUUUUACAGCCAGGAUAGCAGGCCUCUCCAGACAGAAUAUAGGUCACAUUACUGGCCUGGGCAACCGUUAUCUAAAGGACCGAUUUGAAUACGAACAGGCAUGUACAGAUCAUCCAUGGUCCGACAGCGACGACUGAAUGACAGCCAUGCAAAGCAAACACACAAACGCUUUACUCUCAAACUUUUCUCAGCACCACAGAUGAAAUUAAGGAAGUGUUGCAAGCAUGAAUUCCUCUUUACCCCUUUAUAAGAACACAAAGGGAACCAAACGCAAUAUUUAUGUGAAAGGCUGCUUAUUGUUGCCAUUUUCAUUAGAUGGUAGUUUGUUUGUUGUAGUAUUUUCUGAAAGAAUAAGAGUGUAAUUCUGUUUCAACAGGAUGUUUGCUGAAAAACCAGUUUGAUUGUCUUUUUUUUUAGGUUUUCCUGUGUUUACAACUAUCCUUCUCAUAGCGAAUCAACUGAAAAACGUAGGUCUUACAAAACACAGUCUUACAACAUGUAGCAAUGUUUCAGAAUCACAAAUUGGUUCUCAGAGUGACACUAAAAAUGUGAUGUGUGUUGACAAAUUCACCACCAAUGAAUUUGAUGUAUUGUACAUAUUAAUUUGUAAUAAUUAAUAUAAUUGAGUAAAGUGUUUACCAUUGAUGUACAUAAGCUAGGCACAACUGUGCAAUAAUUUUUACUUUUUUAGGAUUUUAAGAUGAGAAUGUGACUAAACUGUGACUUUUUUUGUUUUGUUUUUUUAUUUGAUUAAGAAUGCUGGCAUUCAAAAAAUCAAAUA